AUUAAGGUAACGACGCGUGGUUCCCGUGAACGGCUUUUAUAUUCACUCUCCCAUCUUUCACCAGCCUCCCCAUUCCCAUUCCCAUUGCCCCCCUCUCCUCUCUCCUCCUCUCUCUAAAAACCUCCACCCAAACAAACAACUCGAAACUCCUCUCUCUCUCUUUUAUCAGGUGUGUGUAUAUACACAUAUAUACUAUAUAUAUGGGCGAUUGUUGAAUUGCUUUCUCAACAUAUUUCGGAUAUCUUCUUCCAUGGCGGCGUCGAUGAUCUCAAACGUUGACGGAAGCCUCGACGCGUCGUCGAUAGAGUCGAGCAGAAAAAAGCGGAGAAAAACCGGAGUCGUGGAGGAGGAUCGGAACCGGAGCUCAAAAGCCGGAGUUCGAUGGGGAUCAGAGACGGAGCAACGGAUCUACUCGACGAAGCUCGCGGAGGCCCUUCGUCAGGUGCGACAGAGAUCGUCUACGUCAUCGUCGGCGGCUGUGGCUAAGGUAUCGGGCGGCGGGAGAGACGUGAAGGAAGCGGCAGACCGAGUUCUGGCUACGGCGGCGAAGGGGACGUCUCGGUGGAGCAGGGCGAUCCUAAGAAGUCGAAUGAGGCUGAGCAAAACGCUUCACAAGCGGAGAAGGGCGAGGGUAACAGGGGACAACCGGUUGAAGAAAACGGAGUUUAGGAGAGAGAGGAGGAAGUUACCGGCUGUGCAGAAAAAAGUUCGGGUUCUGAGCCAGUUGAUUCCUGGCUGCCGGAAGACGUCGUUGCCGAACCUUCUAGAAGAAACUACCGAUUAUAUAGCAGCUUUGAAGAUGCAGGUCAGAGCCAUGGCGGCUCUCGCCGAGUUACUUUCUGGUUCGCCGGUGAACCGCUCCGGCUCGAGUGUCAACUCUUCGAGUUGACGCUGAGAGUCGCCCGCCUCGGCUUAUUGUGCCAGGUGUUUUUUUUUUUUUUUUUUUGUAAUUUUUAUAAAUAUUUAAUCUUAUGAAAUUUAUUUCGUGUA